CUACAACUCCAGUAUGUCGGGAAGAAGCUCGUCGACCUGCCUACACCCGCGGUGGUGCUGGACCGCGCGAAAGUGAGGAAGAACUGCGAAGCGAUGCUCGAUGUGUGUGGGAAGUUGGGAGUCGGAUUCAGGGCGCAUGUGAAGAGUCAUAAGACGCUCGAGCUCUCCAAGCUGCAAGUCGGCCCCGCCCUCGACAAGCCCGCAAACUUCAUCGUCUCGACGCUGGUCGAGGCGGAGAAUCUGCUGCCCUUCUUGCUGGAGUGUCAGGCCAACGGGCGAGAAAGCAGCGUCCUCUACGGCGUCCCCCCGGCCCCUACAAUCCUUCCCCGCCUCACCCACCUCGCCUCUAAACUGCGCCCAGGCAGUGUCAACAUCCUCGUCGACAACAUCGAGUCCUUCAACAAGCUCAAAGACGGGCUCGUCGUCGCCAAGAUCGGCGUCUUCAUCAAGAUCGACACAGGCUAUCAGCGCGCCGGCAUAACCACCUCAUCCCAGAAGUUCCCGCGCCUGAUCAGAAAGGUGGUGGGAACCGUCGGCGAAGAGUUCCGCGGCUUCUACUCACACUUCGGCCACUCGUACGCUGGUAGUUCCGAGAAAGAUGCUGCCCACGGUCUGAUUUCCGAGCUGGAAGGGCUCGAAGAGGCUGCUGGGGAAAUCGAGGAGAAUUAUCUGAAGCUGCUGAAGAGGAGAGUGGUGCUGACAGUGGGUGCGACGCCCACAGCGACAGCCGCGAUGAACAUGCUUUCUGGAUCGCCGCGCGCCGCGGAGUUCAAGACGCUGCUGAAUCGCCUGAAAGAGACGUAUGCUGUGGAGCUGCAUGCCGGGGUAUAUCCGCUACUCGAUAUGCAGCAAGUAGCGACGCAUGCGCGGCCGGCCUCCGGGCGGGCGGCGUUGACGAAGGACAGCGUCGGGAUAAAAGUCCUGCUCGAGAUAUCUUCUGUAUACGAUGAGAGAGAGAAACCUGAGGCGCUUGCGUCCGCUGGGUCGUUAGCGUUGGGGAGGGAACCGUGCAAGAGCUAUCCGGGAUGGGGUAUCGUGACCAAUGAGCUGGGAAAUGAUGGCAACAUUGUUUACGACGAGCGAGGAGACAGGACUGGUUGGAUUGUAGGCCGUAUAAGUCAAGAGCAUGGAAUUUUGACAUGGGAAGGCCCGGAGCACGACAUGAAGCCAUUAGAUAUAGGGUCCAAGGUCCUGGUAUGGCCGAACCAUGCUUGUGUGGCUGGCGCUGGGUUUGGAUGGUAUCUCAUCGUUGAUUCGGAGAAAGAUAGUCAUACCGUUGUGGAUGUCUGGGUCCGGUGGCGUGGAUGGUAA